CAGCCUACUACAUUUACAGUAGGGUUUGUUAGCUGGACAUAAUGUGGGUGUUGACAGUGCAUUAGGGCCUAUAUAUUCGUGAUCUGUGGAUUGUGCAUUGUCGGAGAAUCUCCAACAAUUUCUGGUGAGAUGGCAGGAGGAAUCUUCACCAACUUGGGUGACCUGCGUGAUGUGGACUGCGCUAACGUCCACCCACUGGUGUGUCACAUGUGCCAUGAGCAGUACCAGUCCCCAUGUUUAUUGGACUGCUACCAUAUCUUCUGUGCCCGCUGCCUGCGAGGUCGGACCAAUGACAGUCGUCUCAUUUGCCCCCUCUGUGGAUACCCAUCCAUAGUAAAAGGAAAUAACGCCCUCCCACCGGAGGACCGUCUUCUGAAGUUCCUUGUGGACAACAAUGCAGACACUGAUGAGACAGUGCAGUGUGCCAACUGUGACCAGGAAAGUAGCAAAAAGGACGCAGGGAUGAUGUACUACUGCAACACUUGCAGCCAGCCAUUGUGCGCCGCAUGCAGAGAACUGACACACAAGGCCAGAAUGUUUGCCCACCAUGAGAUUGUAUCUCUGGCCAAACGCACCAGAGCCAAACACAGGAAAUGCUCUCUCCACGAGGAGCCCUACAUCCUUUUCUCGACAGAGAAUAAGUCCAUGCUUUGCAUCAAGUGCUUCAGAGACAUGCAAGUGGAGAGUCGGACCCACUGCAUUGAUAUUGAAACAGCUUACGCACAGGGUUGUGAGAUGUUGGACCAGGCUGUGCUGGUGGUGAAGGAGCUGCAAACUUCGACUGGAGAAGCAAUCCUUCUGUUGAGAGCCAUGAUAGGAGAAGUGUGCCUGAAUGUGGAGGAAGAGGAGAACGCAAUCUGUAGUCUCUUCAACAGUUUGCAGGACAAACUAGCAGAGAGGAAGAAGAUUCUGCUGAAAGCAGCUCAGAGUCAACACGAGGAGAAGGAGAGAGCACUGAAGGAGCAACUGUCACACCUUACUUCCCUCCUGCCAACCCUCCAGGUUCACCUCGUCACCUGUUCGGCCUUCCUCAGCUCAGCUAACAAGUUUGAGUUUUUGGAUAUGGGCUAUCAACUCAUGGAGAGGCUGAAGAGGAUUGUAAAGCUCCCUCAUCGACUGAGACCAGUGCAGAGCAGCAAAAUCAACACAGAGUACAGAAGCGAGUUUGCCCGCUGCCUCGAGCCUCUGCUGCAGAUAGGACAGCGCCACCCUCCCUCCGUCGCCGGCUCCACAAGCGUCGCGACAAGGCUCCAGUCCCCUCUCUCCAUGACUUGCCGCUCGCCGUCUCUCAGUGAGAUGCCCCUGGGCUCCGCGUUCGGGCGAAGGCCCACGUCCCACCGCAACAUCUGCACCAAGGUCCUCCUGGCUGAGGGCAGAGAAACGCCCUUCACCCAACACUGCCUCAACUAUGAGAACACCUACAGGACUCUGCAGGCGGAGAUUCAGAACCUGAAGGACCAGGUGCAGGAGUUGCACAGGGAUCUGACGAAGCACCACUCCAUCAUCAACACGGAUAAAAUGGGAGAGAUCCUGGACAGAUCGCUGCACGUCGACAGCCAGAUAGCCACCCAGUACUCCACUGUGGAAACUAUGAGAGUCAUGUUUGAAGAGAUCUGGGAGGAGACUUUUCAGAGGGUCACAAACGAGCAGGAGAUCUAUGAAGCCCAGCUCCAUGACCUGAUGCAGCUGAAGCAGGAGAACUCUUACUUAACCACUAUCACCAGACAGAUCAGCCCCUACAUCCUGUCCAUCGCCAAAGUCAAAGAGAGACUCGAGCCCAGGUUCCAGGAGCCCAAGGAGCACCUUGACGACCGCACGGAGACAAUGCUGAAAAUCUACGAAGACAGCAUAACGGCGAAGGAGAAUCAAGACAGCAACAACAAGGCUUGUGUCACGGACCACGACAGGGACAAGAGCAGCCGCCCGCUGAUGCUCGAGUCGGGGGAGAGCUCUGUCAAGGCCAGCCGCCCGGGCCGGCAGAGGGUCCCCGCGGAGACGUCCGGCAGCAGCGACAUGCCUUCAUAAAACGGGCCUUAAUUCAGCCAUAACGAUCUCUGGACGGCGUGUGACUUCCUCGGCCGUCCACGUGGAGCAGAUACGUUUUUUUUUUCAGCAGCGGAGAGCUGUCAGCAGCUCCGAGGUGAGGCCGUGGAUUGACACUAAGUGGAUACACGUGGAGGCCAAAGACUCACAGCUGUCAGAGCCUCGGUGUCCACAGGGUCCACGUCAGAAUUCCCCCGGUGUUAUUAAAGAAACCGCCGGCCGCCUUAAGGAGGGAACACGAUGAAUAAUAUCUGACGCCUCUGAAUUAACCGUUGCUGCUCCGUUUGAGUUUUGGCUGUUAAAAUGAUAAGUUUGCUUAGAGGGUGAAUUAUCACUCUGCCAAUAUAGUCUUUAUUUUUUCAGUAUCUAUUUAAUGCAUAAAACAUUUUUUUUUUUUUUUUUUGGAGGCUGCGUUGAGGCUGAUGAUGGAUGACUCCCUGAGUCCGAUUCCCCUGGAAAGACUGUCGGACCAGCGUGACAAGCAAAUGCAAUGAUGUGUGUGUCAACGUCGGUGUCACAUGCUGAUGUGUGUCGUGUGUAUGUGUCAUCGCAUGCAUCAGUGUCGCCUAAAACGAGUCAGUGUUUGCCCAAACUGUGUCUGCAAGAAUUUCUUUCUCUUUUUUUUCUCCUGCCGUUUCUACAUCUACAUGCAAAAAAGUAGGGGAGCUUGGAUUGCAGAGGUGUGUGAAUUCCCUGCCCGGGCCUUAACCUCCAACUCCUGCCAGCUUUUUUUUUUUUUUUUUUUUUUUUUUUUAAACACCACGCUCAUCCUCAAUAUCCCAGCCAACCGGGGCUCUACGUACCGCUGUGUGAUAUAUAUUCCUCUUGGUUUGCCUCUCGACUUCAACACACAUCAGUGUCGUUCAGCGUGCUUCAGGUGUUUUAUGGUCCUGCAUGAAAGCGGCAGGAAACUCUCCCCUCCUCCUUCGUUCUCCGGCCGUGUACUGAGCUUAAUUAAUCAUGUUGGUAUUUUAAACAAAUCCCAUGUUAAGUACAGCAGGAAAUAAAAAGUAAAUAAGG